AUGACAAGCGAAAAAGAACUGACGGUCUCAACAAAGGUCCUUAUGGGCAAUGGAAAGUUCCGCGAGUUCCGAAUGCCCGGGACCAAUACAUCGGAAGCCAAUCCGCUUUGGACUAAUAGGCGUUAGUUUCGCAAGCACCGCCAAAUUAGCUAAUAUCAUCUUGUUUAGACGAAGUGGGCAAACGUAUCUCAGAGGUCAUGCUGAAGAAGAGGUCAGAGAUCAACAGUUGUAAGAAACUAAUAACACUACUCGAGAAGGCAAUUCGAUAUCGUCUCCCCAUCCCAUUUUCAAUGUUUCAUGUUUAGAGUUGUGAUAAUUGGAAGAGCGUGGCGAAGUUGAUCAACAGAUCGAAUGAAGACUUCUUCCUCACGGCUCUCAACGGUUCUCAAGAAGCUAUUGAUGCAUUCGAAAAAGAAAAUUUUUCAAAGUCCAACAGGUGAGCACUUAGUGACUAAUCGAAUCAAAUGAAAUACAAUUACAGCUGGACACAACUCAAAGACGUGUCGGAGCUAACGGGAGAAGAGCGAAUGUAUCUGUUUUCAAUAAUUGAAAACGGCGACGACGGUAGAGAUCAUUGAACGCUUAUUUUGGAACUAUCGGUUAUGAGUUUCAGAUGAGGACAUCACCUUUUUCACAAAACAGUCGAGCCAUUACGAGUGGAUGUGUCAUCAAACGAACGACGUUGCGAUGGAGCAGAGCGCCAGCGCCGACAAAACCGACAGGUUUGUGUUAUUUUUUUGUUUGUUAAUAUCUCAAAUCCCCUCUGACACCGAAGUUACAUUUAUUUUCCGUUUUGGAAACAUUCAUCUGUCCUUCAUAACAUUUUUGCAGCCAUGAUCAUGUUAUUCGAGAGAUGGAAAACGCGGCCGAUUUGCUUGCCUGCAACAAGCAACAAACGGUCAAGGACGAAAAGUAGGCGCCUUCUUCUUCUGCAGGAAAUUGACAACAUUCGUUUUCGCUUUUUUCAGGACAGCCGUUCUCACCGAAAUAAAAAAGAUUGACACCACUCCCGCCGACGAAGUAAAACAGGAAAGUUGUUCGACGGAUGUCGUGGAAACGCCUACACUCACAAAAGUUGAUGUUGUCUUCUCGACGCUUCAAAAUGGCGAUGCUGUUGAAGGUGUCUCGUCAGCUGAGGAAUCCACGCCGGCUGCACCUCAAGAGGCCAAGGACAAUGCAAGUGUGAGUAUCCCGAAAGUAUCCGUUCCGCAACCAAGUGCUCGUGUUGCCAAUGCACCCGGAGAGAAGCCAGAUGUGGUCUCGAAGGUGAAGCCAGCAAAACGCAACAAAUUCAAGCGACAAAAAGACGCUUCCGCUGCCAAACUGCCUGAAAAUAGUCAGAUAAAUUACCUCACUGAAUCUUCACCGACCAACACCAAAUCCAUUCCGAAUACGAUCUCAACUCUCCAAUUAAGUCCAAUUAUCAUAUCAAAUAAUCAAGUCGACGGUAAGGAACCGCCGGCCGAGGCUCCGAUCGAGCCAAACGAGUCGCGCUCACUUCAAAAAGAGCCAAGCGAGAAGAAAGAAGAAAUUGCGAUCAGCAGUACUGAGAUUACGGAAUCGCAGCCCAAUGACAGCAAUGGAGCAGUUGCCACCGAAUCCAAUGCUAGACCGAAGACAAAGUUCAACGUUGAUGCUCCCGCGUUCCAACCGGCCAGAAAACUCGUUUCAAUCCCGGAACCUAUUUCAAGUGAUGAGCCUACUUCGGACCUUUCUGUCUUGGAACAGCCAAAGAAACAUAUGGCUGACCCCAGCGGCUUCUCAAGGUUGCGGUAAGCUUAUCGUAAUCUACCUGGUUUACAAUUCUUUUUUUCAGACUGACUUCCGGCUCGUCGUCAAAAGAUGAUGAGCCUGAGUCAACUCCAGUUGCGCAGAAAAAGUUUGAGAACAUUUGGGAGCAGAGAGCUGCCGAAAGAGAACAGAAACAGAAAUUGAUGGCUGACAAGUAAAUGGAACGAUAUUGUUGAGAUUGGCUACAUUCUAACUUUCAGGACUUCUUCGCGCUCCUCACAAGAGUCCACUUCCCGUCAAUCUUCUGUUUCGAUAUGUUCCGCUUCUCAAUCCGUCAUUCCGCCUGUUCAGAACUUAAAAACCAACUCAGUAAAUGAACCUGUAACUCCAGAGCCUCAGGGAAAUCAAAACGGUAACGGAGUGCCGCAAAAAGGGAAGAAGGAGGCUUCAAAGCAACCAGCAAAAAAGAUCGAUUCGAAUGGAUGGAUCACUUUGAAUACGAAGAAAGCAACUGCAAAAGAAUCCGUCUUGAUGCAACUAACCGAAGCACCGAGUGCCAGCAGCUCGAGUUCCCGGCCCGCCAAGAAAGAGGCAAACCAACCGACACCAUCUCAGUUGUCUCCUGCGCUGUCAGGUUCUCCGAGUACGGUCACUGAGAAGAACGGGAAACAGGAAGUGCCCAUUCCCUCAACAGCCGAAUCAUCCCAGCUGGACAAAGAGACUUCCCUGACGUAAGAACCUUUUUUUUUUAAGCUCACCAAUAAUAUCUCGUUUCAGAGAACAAGAGAAAAGAGCGAAACGACGACAACGAGUGCAAGAGAAAACGAAGCAAGAAGCAAAACUGAAGAAGGAAGAAGAUCAGAAAGUAAAAGAACAGAGAACGAUCGAGCGUGAUAAGAGGAUAGAGGAGGAGAAGAGGAUGAAAGAACAGAGAAAGAGGGAGAGGUACGAGCGGCAGAGACAGGAAAUUGCCAGAAUAAAGGAGGAGAGGGAAGCACAGGCAAGACCGAAACCGAGUCGUGAGUGUUUUGAACGUAGUAACCGAAAUGGCAAUCAUUUUUCAGUUGGGCGUUUCAAUGAGAUGGUCGAUUGCAAGCUUAGAGUGAGCACGCAUGUCAAGGAAAAGUCACUUGACUGUAAGAAAUACAGAAAGUCUGAGGUUGAAAGUGAUAUUCUUUCAGAUCGUUUAAUUGGUUCCAAGCUUUACAUUGAAAAGCGACUGCAAGAAAUUACACCAGAACAUGAUGACAACCUGGAAAUCAAUAUGAAGAAAGGACGCAUCCUUAUGAAUUACCGAACACGAAUUGCAAACAUCGAGGCUAUGAACUGCUUCAUGGUCUUUGUCAAUCACAUUGUAGUUGACAAAAUCUAUCCGAUUAAACUGGCGGACCUUCUUGAAUACCUUCAUAACAAGAGCCAUAGCAUUCCGAAUGGUGAGCAUAUAAUAUAAUCCUGUUUUUUUUGCUAAGCAACAGUCUUCAGAAACCAAAACUCCACUCCAAAGACGAAUUUAUGACAGCUAUGAAAAGUUCUAUUUGGAAAGACAACCAAAGGAUAGCGGUGAGAGACAACUCCAUUCUUGUUCGUUUCUAUUGUUGCAAUUUCAGAAAAUAUGGCUCAGGCUAUAAAAUUUACCGAAGGAGUAUUAGACCGUAUCGCCAAAGUAAGUUCAACAAACACAGUUGAAUUGAACGAAAACGUUUCAGAUGGGCGCUGACCUGAAGGAGGAUAUGAAAAAAACAAAACAAAUACUGAUAGACUACAAAAAGACGUACAACAAAACUAUGAAAGCCAUCAACACUUGCUCCUAUUUGCUGACUCGCGUUGCUGGAAAAAUGUUCGUUGUGGAAGAAGAUUAUCUAUUGACAAUCCACGCAAACAACGGAGACGAUUUCGAUGAGAGCGAUGUGUCGGAGGAGGAAGUCGGCCACGAAAGUAGCAGCCGGAACAGUUCGGAGAUGAAUGGUGAAACCCGUGUGAUGCAGGACACUUCUUGCCAAGCUGAAUUUGAUUCCUUCGACUGUGAUGUUCGAGCAGCGUCAUACUUGCCAAAGAGCAAUUAG